CCCUCCUUGCGCAUCACGCAGGCGCUCACGUGGACGCGCGUACUAAAAUCACCCGCAGACACUCUCUCUCUCUCUCUCUCUCGCGCAGUCCCUUCGAUCCCCAGCAUGUCGAACCGACGCUCGCACCCUCCGACCCGGCACGAACCCGGCGCCAGGCCCCCCGCCAAGCCGCAGCCCCGUUUCGUCCCCAAAUCGCCGCACGGCGAGGCGUCCCGGGCCGCUGGCUCCGCCGCCACGCUCUCGGGCUCCCUCCGGGGCCCCCCGGCCUCGGAUCGAUCGGGGGAUGCCGCUCCCGCCGGCGGCAGGGUCCGGCCCGCCGGCGAGGGCGGCGGAGGUUGGGUCCCGUCCGGGGCCUCGGGUGGCCGCUUCGUGAGGUACUUGCCCCAGGACGAGGCCGUGGCGAGCGGGCUCGGCGCCGAGGAGGGAGGGCUGGAUCCGGUGGAGUCGCAGCGGGUGGUGGAUCUUCUGAACAGAGAGCUCUCGCGGUUGCUCAAGCUCAGGCCGAGAGAGUUCUGGAGAGAAGUGGCUACUGACACUUCAUUGCACGAAUUCCUGGAUAGCUUCCUAAAAUAUAGAAGCAGAUGGUAUGACUUCCCUCAUCGUGGCGCCAAAGGAAUAGUUGCAGGGGUUAUUGUUGGAGAGCUUGAGUUGAGUCAUCGCGUUUUCAUGGUUCUAUAUCGAAUAUCCUCCAAUAGAGAUCCCGGUGCACAAGCUGCUGAUGCCCUGAGUACAAAUGAUCAUGAAGUUCUUUUGCAGGAAAAGCAGUUGCUUGACUUGCCUAAAUUGUUAGAUAUAUGUGCCAUAUAUGGCCAUGAAAAUGAAGAUCUGACAAGAUUGCUGGUUUGCAAUGCUUUGAAGGUGCAACCUUGGAUCCAUGAUAAUUUGAUAAGUAUGGUGUCCCACUUCCUGAGUAUAGUCCAAACAAUGUAUGAUAGAUGCAGUGCAUCUUUGGAGUUGCUGUUUUCUUCUGGAAGCCAUGAGGAUCAUGUAGUCAAUCAGUGUUGCUCAGACUUUUUGGAGGUCAUGGACUUUAUAAAUGAUGCAGUUUCAUCUAUGGACACUUUUGUGAGUGCAUACAAACUCGCAGGAAUGCUCUUCUCAUGCCCUGUUGAAACAAGCAAUGGGAAUGAAGAAUUGCUCCCUACCCUUGUGAAACUACAUGAUUCCUUUCUUCCAUCAUUAAGGAGGGGUGUCAGAGUCAUCUUUUCAUCAAGAGAAGAUAGUGCAAAGUCCAAUGUCUCUAUUAGUUUGAAAAUGUUAUCGAUGAGAAUAGUUGCAUUUGGUUGGAAAUUACUCGAUGCUUGUUAUCUUAGUGAUGAAUUGUUUGAAGAUGGCCAUUACAUGCCUCCUGCCACUAAGAUGUUCCCGGCAAAAGUAGAAGAUCCUGUCAUAAGGGCAGAUAUUGUAAUUCAAACUUUUAGGGAGUUGAACAGUUUUUCUCUCCAAGAACAGGGGAGUCAGAAUAUUGAGACAUUUCUUCAAAGUGUCGAGAAGAAUUACCAAGUAAUGAGCAGACUUAGGAGCUUGCAAGAUGGAGGAUGGAUAUACAUGGAUGAGGAACAAUUUCAAUAUUUAUCUAGGAUAUUGAUGUCUUAUCUACCCAUAAGUAGCAAGGAAUCACCUCAUGCACCAUUCAGUAAGACCAGCAACAAGGUCCAGGUGGAUGAAAACUCUGCAAUUCUGGAGUCCAAGAUUAGUCAAAUUAGGGACCUCUUCCCUGAUUAUGGUAAAGGAUACCUAGCUGCUUGCCUGGAAGUGUAUGAUGAGAAUCCAGAGGAGGUGAUUCAGAGAAUUCUAGAAGGAACUCUUCAUGAAGAUCUUCAGUCUUUGGACCCUUCCCUAGAGACCAUUACAGUACAAAAGACUACAUCCACUUUAGAGACUGAUGAUAAAGGGAAAGGGAAGGUUAAUGACAAAGGGAAAGGAAAGUUAUCAGAAUCUGUAUUUGCCCCUUCUUCAUACGCUGCGCCUGUGGUUCAGGAGCAACGGGAUGGGGGCUCAUCACUGUCAUCCUCAUAUUCAGCUGGAAGGUAUGUGAGGAAGUCUCAAGCUGACACACCCAAUUCCAAUAUUUUAGAUCACAGAAAUGAAAAGGAUUCAGCUAGGACAUCUGCCUUGAUUUCACAAUAUGAGUACGAAGAUGAGUAUGAUGAUUCUUUUGAUGAUCUUGGCCUGGGAGGGCUUGAGUCGGGAUUUGAGGAAAAUGAAAUACUCAGUGACAAAAUCAACUCAAGCGUGGGCAAGUCAAGUGGGGCAGAUGCUGGGCACCCUGUCCAAGAUGCACAGAAUGCAAAAUGGGGUUCUAGGAAGAAACCUCAAUACUAUGUCAAGGAUGGGAAGAAUUACAGUUACAAGGUUGAGGGUGCUAUUGCUGUGGCAAAUGCCGGUGAAGCAUCGUUGGUCACCCAGGUACAAAGUGAAUUGAUUUACGGUCUUGGACGAGGUGGGAACCUUCCCUUGGGUGCAGUUAAGAAACUGAUGGAGUCUCAGAAUGAACGAGAAAGUCAUUCUGAUCUUCCUGAGACAGAAGGAAGAGGUGGGAGUUCCAAUUCAAGGGGUAGGGGUAGAAGAGGCGGCGGAAGGCACAGAGAGUCAAAUGAGCAGGAAGACAGUGAACGGUCUGAUGCUUCUGAGGCAAACACAAGAGGAGGUUCUGGAAACCAGAGGGGAAGAGGAAGAGGAAGAGGAGGAGGCGGAAGAAAUAAUUAUAGGAAGGAUAGAGCCAUGAAUAAGCACUUCUCUGGCUUGGGUGGUUAUUAGUGGCAAUCACACCUUGCUUGGCUUGUCUUUGAUGGGGCAAGCAUUCUUGUUUCUUGAUGAUGCAUCUCUUGCAUAGAAUCAAGCACUGAGAGCUAAAAUUGUGAAGGUUUACAUUGUCUUGGCUGCAGAUGAAACACAUGCUUUGAAGGGAUGUCAUUUGCGUGGCUCAAUGCAAACAUGAGGUUAUUCGAAAUACUUGGAAGUGGUAUAAUUUCCAUAGGUACAAUGAACAAGCACCUUUGUUUCCUUCUCAAGAUUUCAGACAAUCUCGACAAUCGAUUUUUUGACUGCCAGGGAAUUGGAGGACAGUAAAAUGCAGGUAUUCGAGUGUACAUUUGAUGGCCAUGAGGUAGGGGGACUUUGAAGCGUAGCGUGCAAUGAGUCGAGGAAUAUUUUUGCUUAAUCUUAUAUUGUCUCUGUGACUGUAAGUAUGCUUUCCAUACAAAGAAAAUCUCAUUCAUAUCAUACCUUAUACAAUGUUUUCCCUGAGGUUUCAAUGGAGCAUUUAAGAACAGGAGCUUGGUUCAGUGA